AUCCGGGGGCGGUUCUAAGGCGGUCUGAGUGGCAAAUUCAAACUGAACAUGGCGGCUGAGAACGACCACGAAGAAAACAAACAGAGUAGAAGGGGAACAGUAUGUAACAUAGUCAUAAGCCAGGAGAUGCCUCACAGCCAGCCGGUUAUUUUCAACCCGGAUUUCUUCGUGGAGAAACUGAGGCACGAGAAGCCGCAGGUUUUCACUGAGCUCUUGUUGAGUAACAUCAGCAGGCUCAUUGAUUUACCCGGAGCAGAGUUCGCACAACUCCAGGGAGAAGCAGACCUCAAGCUUCCUGCUUCCACAGGCUUCCUGCGUCUCCCCAACUUCCUAAAGCGAAAAGAGAAAGGUGUGAUCUUUGGAGCACCAUUAACUGAAGAGGGCAUUGCUCAAAUUUACCAGCUCAUCGAGUACCUUGGAAAAAACCUACAUGUAGAGGGUCUGUUCCGUGUGCCAGGGAACAGCAUCAGACAGCAGGCACUGAGGGAGAUGCUCAACAGUGGUGCAGAUGUCGACCUGGAAACGGGGGAUUACCACCCGCGUGACGCGGCCACACUGCUCAAGGCCUUCCUCGGGGAGCUCCCAGAGCCGCUGCUGACUCAUCGCCAUUAUCACGCGCAUCUCAAAAUAGCAGAGAUUACGCUGUUCGACGAGAAAGGAAACAAGACCUCUGUACCAAACAAAGAGCGCCAGCUCGAAGCACUGCAGCUUCUCUUCAUGCUGCUGCCUCCAGCCAACCGCAGCCUCCUCAAACUACUGUUGGACCUUCUCUAUCACACCGCCAAGCAGCAGGACAAAAACAAAAUGUCUGCCUUCAACCUGGCCCUCAUGUUCGCACCUCAUAUCAUAUGGCCCAAAAAUGUGACUGCGAACGAUCUGCAGGACAAUUUGAACAAGCUGAACAACGGCGUCGCGUUUCUCAUCAAGCACUCGCAGAAGUUGUUUCGGGCUCCAGCGUACAUCAAAGAUCAUGCACGGAUGCUCUUCACCGGCUCAGAAACUCCUCAAUCAAAGGACGACUUGGAGCUGUGCGCCGGAGCGGUACGUGGCCCCCCAUCCAAGAGAAGCAGCGAGGCAGACGGCAGCGGCGGUCAGAAACACACGCAGGAGGCGCUGCGGGAGCUUUUUCAGCAUGUCAGCACCAUGCCUGACUCUGCAAAGAAGAAGAAACUCAUUCGACAGUUCAAUAAGCAGGGCACUCCAACCCGUGAAAGCCCUAGACCUUCCAACCAAAAGCAUGCUCGAUCCCGCUCAUUCGGAGGCCUUAUCAAGAAGAAAGUUUUGGGGAAUCAAGUUACAAAUGAACGAGUGGCAUCCGGGACGAGCCAAAGCAAAGAUGUGAACAAAGAAAACGGUUCCUCAUCUAUCAAAAGAACUCCUCAUUCUUCAGGACAACAUUCUAGUUUAAGCCUGUAAUGUUUUUUUUUUUUUUUUUUUCUUCCUUUUUUCAUUUUCAUUUUCAUUUUUUAUUUUUAUUUUUUUUUUUUUUUAUUAAUUUCAGCUUAGGAAGUAUUUAUUUGGAAACAAUUAACAAGUGUUACUAUGCAAACAAGAUGGAUUUCCAAACAAUUUUUUUUAAUUUUUACAUGGGUUAGAUAUUAUAACCAGUUGUGAAUGUCCUAAAUUAAAAAUGUUUGAAAGAUGUAGGGGGAAAACAAAAAAAAAGUAAAAAUUGUCGCAAGCAUGUAGCAUCUACUCAGAAAAGCCUGGAAUAGAGUUUGUAUUUAGGAAGGUUAAGCAUGUACUGAGAGGGUUUUUAUUUUUAUUUUUUAUUAUUGAUAUUAUUAAUUCAGGAUGUGUACUUUGGCUUCCACUGGAUUUAAAAAAAAAUAUCCAGGUAUGUAAAUUUAGCAUGACUAGACAUCCACUGCACCCGAAAUGUGACAUACUAAACAGCUGUUGUGUUUAAUUUAAACCUACGCUUUAGUAUAAAUAUACAGAGUCUGGGAUGAAAUUGUGGUCUUCUUACAAAUGUUGAAGGCUACACAGGUGGUCGCUGUUACAAUGUUUGAGAUGUGAGAAGUUUAUUGAAAAUUGUCUUUUUUGAGGGGGGGGAAGUUUCUGUUUUUCCAAACGGAACAUGUCCUAGUUUACACUUAUUCAUAACUUAUUUUAGAGGCAUGUAGACUUUAUUUUAUUUGUUAUACUACCAUUGAUUUCUGCAUCACCACUCGAAAGUGCAUUGUACCGAAAUGAAACUAGGCUCAGCCUCGUGGAACAUGGAUAUAAAAGACAAAGGAAUUUGUCAGAUUUGUGGGAUUUCACAUCGAACAAUGUGUUUUUAAAGGAUUUUUAUUUUAACUUUUUAAAUGUGAAUAAGCUUCAGCCUGAAUUUCUCCAUGUUUAUUUGCAGUCUUAUAUUGUUAACUCAUCUUUUAUACUACUGUCUUUUUUAUUGUUUAUUUUUAGGAUUUAACCACUUUAACUUGAGAUUGCUUUUAAGUUAUUUCUUUUAAUAUUUUUAUAUGUGAAAGUGAUUCGUUUCAUCUCAGUGGCUCUUGAGUUUCACUCGGCUUUUCUUUGCCUUUUUUUUUUUUUAUGGUGACUGCAUUGUUCACAUUUUACCUCCGACUUUACCAGUUAUUAAAACCAGCAUGGUAUUGUAGCAGUAUGUGGAUCGAUGUUGUCAUGAUUGGGUUUAAAGUCAUAGCUGUAUUGUACAGUGCCUUCAGCUUUUGACAUUAAAUCAAAAGUAUUAAAAUCUA